AUGGCUUUACUCCACAACUUAGCAUCCUUGCUUCUCCUGGCUACGGGCAUCACUGCUAGCCCUUUCGUAGCAGGGCCCCAGAGCUGUCCGGCCGACUCGCCUUUGUCCUGCCACAACCAGACGGUUGUUGAGAACACUUGCUGCUUUAUCCCGGCUGGGCAACUUCUCCAAACCCAGUUCUGGGAUACUGCUCCGGCUACGGGCCCAGAAGACUCAUGGACCAUUCAUGGCUUGUGGCCGGAUAACUGCGAUGGCACAUAUCCCGCCCAGUGCGAUAGCAGCCGCGCUUAUACCGGCAUCGACGACAUCCUUGGUGCCAAUGGUGCGUCGGACACCUUGGAUUACAUGAAGCAAUAUUGGAAGGAUUACAAAGGCGACGAUGAGACAUUUUGGGAGCAUGAAUGGGGCAAGCACGGCACCUGCAUCAGUACUCUUGACCCCAAGUGCUAUAGCGGCUACAAGUCCAAGCAGGAGGCUGCCGAUUUCUUCAAGAAGACGGUUGAGCUCUUCAAGACGCUGCCAACCUACAAAUGGCUCUCGGACGCGGGAAUCACCCCGUCCACGAGCAAGACGUAUGCUCUUGACAAGAUUCAGGGCGUUCUCUCAAAGCAGCAUGGCGCUAAAGUCACUCUUGGUUGCAAAGGCAAGGUUUUGAAUGAAGUCUGGUAUCAUUUCAACGUUCAGGGGUCACUCCAAGGCGGCAAGUUCGUCGCUUCGGAGCCUGAUGGGGCUAAGGGAAAAUGCCCAUCUACUGUUCAGUAUAAGCCAAAGUCCGGAGGAACUACAAACUUACAUCUCCUUACCGAGACUGAGCUAUCCCAGUUACAAACACAAAUCCUUCGGCCCGAUUUGACAACUAUGGAGGAACGACAGCCUGUUUACAGCCCGCAAGAGAUAGGAGCUAUGCUUGUUGACUUUUACGGAUUUCUUACCGCACUACAUUACGAUGUCGCGGAUCUUAAAGUGCCUCCUCCUGAAGGCUGGCCUGGCUUCACGCCGGAGGCAAGUGCGCAUUUCAGAAGCAGCUUUGCAAUCCAAGUUUCUGCGCCAUCUGCCCUAUCUUAA